CUUGUAGCUGGUUGACACGUAUUUGCCAGCAUAGCAUGGAGAGGCUGUGAGGGGGGGCUGGCACAAGAGUAGGAAAGAGAGAGAUAGAGAGAGAGAGAGAGAGAGUCCAGUGUGUGGGGGGUCUCUCAGUCAUAAUUCAGGUCUCCCUCAGUGAAGCUGCAGCGUGGACACAGGACGUCAGAUUGAUCCAUCCGUCUCUCUACAACCACACUGUAAUAGCAGAGCAGAACAGUAGGGGGAGCUCCACCUGGAAGUUUAUUUCUUUAUGAUUGUAGAUGAAAAGAGUGAAGAAAAGUGAGCAGCGACCAACCAGCUGAACACAAGAUGACAGCCACAGCAGCAGCCCAGGACCUGGACGAGCUGUGUUACCUGACAGCACAGUCCAUGCCCAGUCUGAAAGUACUGGACCACUUCAAGGUGGUCAAACUCCUGGGUCAGGGGUCCUAUGGAAAGGUCAUCCUGGUUGUACAUAAGAAGAGAGGGACUCCUAUGGCUCUGAAGCUCUUCCCUCGUCAGUCCACCGCCCUCCACUCCUUCCUGCGUGAAUACAACCUCUCCCUCUCCUACUGCACACACCCGUCUCUGACCCGAGCUCUGGGCAUCUUCUUCUCCACCCCGACCCACUACGUGUUCGCCCAGCAGCCUGGACUCUACGGUGACCUCUACAACGUCAUCGUAUCAGAGGUGGGGGCAGAAGAAGAGUGUGUCCAGAGGGUGAUGGCUCAGAUCAGCGGGGCAGUUACCCACCUCCACUCCCUGGGCUUCGUUCACCGCGACAUCAAACCUGAGAACAUCUUCCUGUGUGACAAGUCCUGUCGCUGGGUCAAACUGGGGGACUUCGGCCUGACCCGGCCCACCGGGACGUGCGUCCGGGCCGUCUGGUACGAGUCGCCCUUCUGCACUCCAGAGGUGGAGCCGGCAAAGAAGGCUGAGAAGGAGGUGGCCGGACGGAGGGGGGAGGGGGCGGGGGAGGAGGUGGAGGACAUCUGGGUGACAGUGGAGGCCUGCAUCGACAGCUGGGCUCUGGGGGUCCUCACCUACUGCCUGCUGACCGGCUGCUUCCCCUGGGAGGAGAGCACCCACGAUGACCACAACUACCGCCGGUACGAGGAGUGGUUCGUCCACCAGGAGGAGAAGGACGACGGCAGAGACGCUGCGUUUCCUCCUCAGUUCCGGGGUCUCACCGCACACGUGAUGUCGCUCCUGAAGGAGCUGCUCCACCCGCAGCCCGGCAGGCGCGGCACCCCCGAGGACAUCCUGAGUUACCUGGGGGGGCCGUGGCUGAGAGAAACCGAGAAAAAGGAGAGGAGGAGAGCGCAGGAGGCGGAGAAGGAGGUCAAACAAAUACGAGAGAGCGGAGCGGUGGGGGGGGAGCUGGUGAGGGAGGGGCGGGGGGAGAGAUGAGCUUUGUCUUUCUGUCAGGUUGAAAGUUACGAAAACAACAUUUUAUUAUUUUCCUGUUUGAAAAUAGAUUUUAUGUCCACUCACAUGUAAACACCAGGAGGCGCUGUGGUUUCAUAUCUUUUUAUAAUUAAAUAAAUAAUUGAAUCUC